CUUAAAUGUACUUUCUAGAUGACUCUAAAAGUAAAUCAUCAAUUGUGAUAUUAGGAACACAGGAAUUGGAAUGGGUUUUCUCACUGUCAGUCUUUUGCUUUUUAUCUUAGGUGUAAUGUUUUUCCUUGACAGAGCCUUAUUAGUGAUGGGAAAUUUAUCAUUUUUGAUUGGACUAUGCUUAUUAAUAGGGGUUAAAAGUACAUUGUCAUUCUUUCUUAAGAAAGGUAUAUAAAAUGUAUUAAAAUCAUAGGCAAAAUUAAGGGAAGUAUUUUCUUUUUUUUGGGAUUUUUCAUCAUCGUUAUUUUUAGAUUAUCAAUAGUUGGAUUUCCAUUAUAAAUUUAUGGUCUUUUCCAAAUGUUUAAGUCUUUCCUUCCAUUCCUAUAUGAUAGUGCAACCAAAUUACCUAUUAUUGGCAGAUAUCUAAGUACAAUAUUUAUUUUAAUAAUAGGAAAUCCACAAUUAAAAAAAAUGGUUGAUGAAGUGUCAGCCAAAGGUCCAUCAGUAUGAGAUA